ACCACGUUUUUCUGAUCAGAAAAAAAUAGUUCAACUUUAUUCAUUCCUGAUUUUACUUAUUCAUUAUGUCACUAUCAAGUUUGCUGCAAGUGUUAGUGGACUUCUCAGCUAAAGCUGCCUCAAUUGCUCAGACAAUUAGAGAAGAUAAAGAGCUUUUCUCUCUUCUAGUGGAAGAAAAAACAGGAAAGUCAAAAAACAUCAGAUUUGAUCAAGAUUUCAAAACCUUAGCUGAUGUCCUCAUUCAGCAGACUCUCUGUGAUGUCAUUAAUAAACAAUUUCCUGCAUUGAAAGGGAGAGUUUAUGGAGAAGAACAAGCAUGUUUCAAAAACACUAUGGGUGAAACCAUCACUGUUGCUGUUCAAGCAGAUGCCAGCAGCACUGCAGCCCUUCUUGCUCAGGUGUUGAAUGGCAAUGAAAAAGCAGCUGAUGCAUUGGCUCAGGAAGUUCAUAAAGAAUUAAAAAGAGAUGUCUUGGUGAGCUCCGCCUUACCUACUGUGCCUCUAGAAGAGCUAGCCAUAUGGAUCGACCCUAUUGAUUCGACGGCAGAAUACAUCAAAGGCAAUGAGUUAACAAAUGGAGUCACACGACGCGGACUGCAAUGUGUGACCGUCCUGCUCGGUGUCUUCAACACGACUGAUGGCAGACCGAUAGCUGGUGUGGUCAACCAACCGUUCGCCGCUGCACCAGCAAAUGGGACUGAGAGUGCGGCGACAUCAGUGGUGUGGGGCGUGUGUGGCGGUGACAACAGCCUCAGCAACGCCACCUCCCUCGCAUCGCGGCUUCGGUGCGUGAGCGUCUCGAGCAGCGAGAGCGACGGUGUCAUUGAGCGCCUCGCCGCCGCCGGCAUAGAGACGCUGCCUGCCGCGGGCGCUGGGUAUAAGGCCCUUGUGGUCAUCAACUCGCAAGUGCAAGCCUAUGUUUGCUCCAAGGCGAGCACAUAUAUGUGGGACACGUGCGCUCCACACGCAGUGUUGUUGUCCCUGGGUGGCGGCAUUAUACCAUUCACAUCCUUGGAGCAGUUCGCGCGUGACCUUCCCCCUGACGCGUCUCAGCAUCAACUGAAGUACGUGGAGGCGCGCAGCGGCGGCUCGGACAUCAGCCUCUACUGCAACUCGGGCGGCGUGGUCGCCUACCGAAACUUGGACACCUUGAUCGCUCUCGCUAAAAUUAUUUUCCCUUCAACCGCAGCGAAGUGAGCCUCAGUCCCGUAGACCGCAGCAAAAUGAGCAUCAGGAAGUGAGAUC